AAUAAUCAAUCUGUAAUUUGCUAGAAAAUUGGAAAGAAUUAAUUUUUUGUGAAAGCGGAUUUUAUAAACCACAUCGUAAUCAAUGGCUGAAAAUAUAUUUCUCUUUGUUCCCAAUCUAAUUGGUUAUGUGAGAAUUAUUCUUGCCAUUAUUUCAUUCUACUUCAUGCCAUUUGACCACAUAAAAGCCACCAUUUGUUAUUUGCUAAGUGGGCUACUAGAUGCUUUUGAUGGUUAUGCAGCAAGAUGGUUGAAUCAAGGUACUAAAUUUGGAGCUUUAUUGGACCAACUUACCGAUCGGUGUGCAACCAUGUGCCUGCUUGUUGUUCUGUCCUGCUUUUAUCCAAAAUGGAUGAUUCUCUUUCAAAUAAGUAUGAUAAUUGAUAUUGCAAGCCAUUGGAUUCAUCAGCAAGUAUCUUUGAUGCAAGGAAAAACUAGCCAUAAGUUUAUUGAUGCUUCAGCAAAUCCAGUAAUAAAAAUAUAUUAUACAUCAAGGCCUGUCUUAUUCUUUAUGUGUGCUGGGAAUGAAUUGUUCUAUAGUAUGCUUUAUCUGGUAUAUUUCACCCCUGGACCAACUGUUUUUGGAAUGGGUUUAUUCUAUCUCAUUUUGUACAUUUCUACUCCUGUGGCUAUUGUGAAAAGCUUAAUAGCUGUUCUCCAGAUGGCUGUGGCUUGUGUUAAUGUAAGCAUAAUCGAUACCAAUGAAAGGACCAUCGAAUUCAGAAAAAAGGAGUAACAAAAACAUGUCCAAGAUUCUGUGGAACUUCAAAGUUGUGUUUAUGUGUUACAUUUUCAAAAAAAAUAUCUAUAUAUAAAUUUUAUAUGUAUAUAUUUAUAAUCUUAAUGUCUUUUGUUAGACCCACUGUUUUGUUUUUACUGCAAAUUCAAAAUGAUCUCAUUGUUUCUCCAGCAUUAACUGUUUUAUUUAAAAAGCAGUAAUUUUGAGAAGUUGUUAAAUUUUGAGAACCAAAAUAUCUGUAUGUGUACAAAUAUACAGUCUGACAAACAAUGAGAUGGAAAGGCAAACAUCUGGUUAACAGACAGAAAUGGACAUAUAUAUUUGUUUUCAGGGAUGCCAGUUUUUUCAGAUGCAUGUUAGCCUCUAAAUUAAGCAGAGUUACAUUGAAAUUAAUAGAGCAUGUGCAAUAAAUUUUUACUUUCACCCUCAUUCAGAUUUGUUUAACUGGACAUUUGCCAUUUUCAUAUCACCUGUGGCAGACUGUACAUAUGUACGUGUGUAUAAUAGGAAGAACUCCAAUCUUGAUUUUUCUUUCUUUUUGCAACUUUCAGAUACUUAAUAAGUAAUAGAGAAAAAGUUCCCUUAAAUAACAAAUAAAACCCCACUGACAUAUUUUUCUAUUGAUUUUUUAUUUUGCCUCCUACCAUAUUUUAAAAGCGGUAAGAAUUAGGAAGAAACCUCCAUAAAAAUAUAAUUAUUUUAAAACUUUCUGAAUUUUAAUACAUAUUAUUGAGAAAGUUUUGACUUCAAUAAUUAUUAUUAUCCUACUAAAAUGUAUUUAUUUUUCGAUGGUAUAAGCCUAAUCUGUGACCUUGAUAUAUAAUUAUUAAGAAUUGUGCCUCCUUUUUUUGGCCCACCAAAUAGUUUGUUUUAGCAAAAAUUUGAACUGAGACAGGUUAAAGGAGCCACAUCCAAAGUUCUACAUUAUUCAAUUGCACGAAUUUCUAAUCUAUGCCUCACUAUUCUCAAUAAUAACACUGAAAAGCAGUAAAAUUAAACUUAAUUUUCAUGCCACAGCCUGCAGUGGAAAGAUACAUGAAACUCUUUACAGAAACUUCUACAUUCAUAUAGGCUUUAAGUAGGAAAUGAUUAAUCAGGACAAAAUAAUAAUCUAUAAUUUUAAAGUUUUCAUUUGAAUCAUAAAAGAUUUAUUAAGACAGACCAUGUUAUAUAACUUAGUAAGCUAUUAAUGGGUUACGGUACCCCAAAAAUGAUGAAACAAUCAAAAAAAUUUUAUUGCUUAGUUCAAAACUAAAAGCUAUUCUACACAGGGGAAAAGUUUCAUUGCUUUAGUUAAAAUAUUUAAAAAGUUAAGAGUGGUUUUUGGCCAUGCUCGCUAUGUGUUCUUAUGCAAAAGAAGAACUUUAAAUUGCUUUUUCUCAAUGAUGGUUUUUUUGUGUUUUCAUGUCAUUAGAAUCCUUAAGGAUUUUUUUCUGUUAAAGAUAAAGCUUUAAAGUAAUACUUUUUGUGAUUGGGAUAACAUAUUUGACAAAACUGUGCAUUGAAUAAGCAUUUUAUAAAUUUUUCAAAUGUUUAGAGCAUGUUAAACCUUUAAAAACCAAAUUAAAAAAAAAAAACCUUUGAUUUUUUACAUAAUUAAUCACAGAAAAUUUUCUAAUAAACUCAUAAGCAAAUGAAUGCUCAGAUUUUUAGAGAUGAUUAUAGUGAUCGUUUGGCAAAAAAAAAAUUUUUAAUUAGUGAAAAAAUAAAAAAACCUUAGGGAUUUUAAAAAUUGAAAUUUUCCUCAAUUUUUUGAAUUUUUUAAAAGAAUAGGCAAUAUUUUUAAAUUUUCAAAAUAAAUUAUUUAUUACGAAAUAAGUAUGCAUGCUAUGGUUUCAAAGAAGCAUAAAAUUUACUUAAAUUUAAGAAAAAUGUUUGAAAGGUACUGUGAGCCCUUAACAAAUCAGUUUCAACCUCAAAGAAACUUCACUCUUGUUCAUUCAAAAAAUUGCUUUAUGCCUAUUGAUAGAUUGUACUAUUUAUACUAUAUUGUACUUAUUUAAUAUGCUCUUUUUUGUUGUUUUGUUUGUUCAAAAACAUUUCGUUAUCAUAAGCUGCCAAUUUUCAUUUUGAUGAUCCUAAUUGUUAUCAGGUACAUUUCAUUGCAGUGGACCCCAAAUCUGAGUAUUUUCUUUUUAUUAACCAAUUGUAAUUUUUUAAAAAGAAGAAUUGUCUAUGAAAGAAAACUUUUUUUUGCGGUAUACUAAUUUCUGCUAAAUAAUAUUGCGUUUUUGUACUUAUUUUUUUUUUGUAAUGUUUUGAAUGACUCGCUCUGAAAAUCAAAUGUUUUGAACAAUUAAAAUUGAUUGACUGUUUGAAAAUUUUAGGUUUUUUUUUAUUUUCCUUGCAAUUGUUAAUUUUUGUAUUAAUGCAUGAGUGUAGUGAUUGCAAUACUGGUAUAGCGUAUACUGGUAUUUCGAGCAAUUUUGAAAUACUGGUAUUUGCUGGGGUAAAAUACCAGUAUUUUCGGUAUUAGCUGAAAACAAUAAAUAGUUUCAAUUAAAGAAUUUUCAAUUUAUCUUAGUAAAUAUCUACUUAUAUUUGAUUGUACAUUUCUUUUUUCAUGAUAAGGAAGCAAAAUCAAUCUAUUGAUGUAGAAAUGUGGCUUCAAAAGCACUAAUUAAUAGAAUAUCAUUUCUAAGAAAGUAGCGGAAAGCUAGCAAAAUGAUAGUGUCAUAACUAGACUGUGGGAUAAAUCACAUUUGUGCGCUUCUGUGCAAAAAUGUUUUUAUUUUUUCCAUUUGCCUGAUUACUCACUUUCCUUUUUGUGAAAGUUAAUUUCAGGUGUAAUUUUGAAUGCAUUUGUCCUAUGAACACUUUAUUCCAACUAUCAAUUGCAGUAAUACUUUAUGAUUUUUUUAAAAAUAUUUUUCUCAACUGUACUAAGGUUUGACAAAACUUUUUUCUUGUUAGCUUAACAAAUGGUCAUUUGUUGUCACCAGUAUUGGUUUGUUGACCUAUCUCGCUAUUUGACUUUAUACUUGGCAA